AUGAUGUUGAGAAAAAAGAGUAGUUCCUCCAGUGCGACAGAUUCUGUGACAGGUUCAUAUUGUUAUAGUUUAGAAGGAUAUUUAACACUAAAAGUUUCUGGAGGAACAUUUGAUUAUUUAAAAUCAAAAAAAGUUUUUUAUUUUGCCUUGGAAGAAACUACGGAUACGGUAUAUUAUUUUAAAGAAAGGGAUGAUUUUAUAAAGAAAAAAAAAGAACCAACUGGAUUGAUUCCUUUAUUAACGGCAUCAUGUUCUGAUUUAUUACCAAAUUCAACAACAUUUAACAUAACAACUCAACAUAGAAAAUAUGAAUUUGUGGCACCAAAUAUUCAAAGUGCCUUAUGUUGGCAUGGUGCAAUCAAACAUCAUUGUAAGAAUAUACAAAAUACCGAUGAAACAUCAACAAAUGAAGAUUCAUUAGCUAUUUUUGGUAUACAAGAAUACCAUAGAUCAACAUCUACCUCAAAUAAUGACAUAGAUUGGCAUAAAUUUAGUGAUGAAAUGAAAACUUUAUGUAAUAAAAGUAGUAAAAAGAAAGAUGAAAAUUUUGAAGAAAAUGAGAUACCACAUGAAAAUUAUAAAAUUAAAAAAAGACCAUCAAUAUCCACAGAUCCUAUUCGUUUAUAUCCAUCAAAUAAACAAUUAAAUAUUUCAACAUCUUCAAAAAAUACAUCACCAGUACAUGGUAGAAAAAGUUUAUCAAGAAGUAAAAGACAAUCAAUCAAAAAAAAUUUUUCCUUCAAUAUUAAAGAACAUUCUAUUGUAAAUAAUGUAAAAAAAGAUGAUAAAAAUAGUAAAUGGGUUAGCAAUUGGGUAGAUAAACAAAAAGAUGAAACAUUCUAUGAUAAUAAACAUGAAUCAGAUGAUAAAAUAGAAAUUGAUGUAUUAAAAGAAAGUGGAAUUGAUAUUAAAACACAACAAGGUAUGGAUAUUAAUGAUCCUGAGGAUGAAUCAGAUAAUUUAAAUGUUACUUUACAAGAUUCAGGUCACUCAUCUGGCGGAGAUGCAUCACAUAUUCUUUUAUCCCGUGCUAACUCGUUUUCAUCCGGAUCAACGGAAACAUUUCGUUCUGAUCAAGUAUCAGAAAUGUCAUCAACAACUGGUUUGUAUAAUGAACUAAUAGAACUCCGUUCAUUAACUCAACGACAAAAAGAAACAAUAACACAAAUUAUUGAUGAAAAUAUUCAAUUAAAAGAAAAUAUUAAAGAAUUAUCUGAUGAUAUUCAAUCAUUUAAAAGAAGAAAUAGUGCCUUAUUAGCACUUGAUUUAACUAAAGCAACAUCACAUGAAUUAGAAAAAGCUUUAUCAGAACAGGUAAAAUAUUUAAAUAAUGAAAAUAAAGAAAAAGAUGAAACUAUAAAAAAUUUACAAAAAAAAAUUGAUGAAGCUUCAAAUAAAAAUUUGGCACUUGAAUGUGAAAAUGAUAAUCAAAGAAGAGAAUAUGUUUUUUUAUUACAAAGUUGUUUAAGAAUACCAAUAAAUGAAAGUAAUUCAAAUUUAGAUACAGUGCAGGUUAGAUUAUUUGGUGGUGAUGUGCAUGAGAAACGUGUAAAAAAGUUACUUGAUAAAGCAAGAGAAUCUGAUCCAUCUUUACCAACAUUUGACUCAGUUAUGUCAACAACGAAUUGUUAUGUGGAUGAAUAUGGUUUUAAACAUUCAUUUACAGAUCAAUCGUUAGCAUUACAAUAUAUUUGCACUCAACUUCAUGCAUAUUAUCAAUCACAGACAGUAGAGUAUGCUGAUUUAAAAAUAAAAUGGAAACAAAUAUUAGAGCAAAACACAUUUGGUUUUAAAAAUCGAAUAGAAAUACGUAAUUUAGUUAGAGCAGGAGUACCUAGAUCAAUGCGACCAAAUAUCUGGAAAAUAUUAAUUAAUCAAACAGUACUUGAUAUUAAAGAAAAAUAUGGAAAAUAUUAUUAUACAAAUUUAUCAAAUUCAAGAGGUACACUAGCAGAACAACAUUAUUCAUUAUAUUUUCAAAAGCAAGUACAAAUUGAUCUUCUUCGUACAGCUCCAUUAAGCAUUUAUUUUAAUUCAGCUACAAGUAGUGGUGUUGCAAAGUUAGAAAAUGUUUUAAAAAAUUUUUGUUUAUAUAGUGCUUCAACAGUAGGAAUGAAAGGAGGUUACUGUCAAGGAUUAAAUUUUAUUGCAUCAGUUGCAUUAUUAUUUCUCUCUGCUGAAGAUUCAUUUUGGUUUUUAGUUGCAAUAACAGAAAAAUAUUUUCCACCAUCAUAUUAUGAUGAAAAUUUAACAAGUGCCCAGGCUCAUAUGGAAGUUUUAAAAGAAUUAAUUGAGGUAAAAUUACCAAAAUUAGCACAACAUUUAGAGGCAUAUGAUAUUGAUUUAACUACAGUAACUUUAAAUUGGUUUUUAACACUUUUUUAUGAUGCAGUACCAUUUCAAACAAUGUUAAGAAUAUGGGAUUGUUUUUUGGUUGAGGGACCAAAAGUACUAUUUCGUUUUUCACUUGCACUUUUAGCAUUACAUGAAGAUGAAUUAUUAAAAAGAACUGAUACAAUAGGUGUUAUGAAAGUUUUAAAAGCCUCAGUAAAGCUUACAUAUGAUUGUGAUGGUUUAAUUAAAGCAGCAUUUGAAGAUAUGAAUCCAAUGCCAUCAAGAAAUGUCUUACGACAAAAACAUGAUGCUUAUGUUAAAUUAUUAGAGGAAAAAUUUAAUCAUAAAAAAAAAAUGCGAUCACAGCUUGCUAUGAUGAUAUCACCAAAUAAUGAUAUUAAAGAGAAUGAUCUCCCUAUAUCGUCUCUCAUUAUUAAUCCAUACGAUAAAGAUAGAUUUGCAUACGUGUUAAUGGGUCACCAAAAAACAGGGAAAAUUGCGAUUAUUGAAUAUAAUGGAAGUAGGCGGAUGGAGCUUGCUAAAAUAGAAUUUGAUUGUAAGCCGGUAACAAUGUGUUUUAUGAACGAAUCAACAGCCUUUAUUAGUUUAAUUUCCGGGUACAUUGUAGCAAUUGAAUUUGUACAAGGAAGUCUAGAUGUAAAAACACUAUGGGAAUUAAAAUUAAGAGAUGUUGCCUUAAAAAUAUUUAUUUUUGAAAAUCGAUUAUAUUGUAUAUUAGCAAAUGGAACAUUAACUGUUCUUGAAAAUAUUUUAGAUAUAGCUCCAACAAGUUUAGAAAUAUUUAAUGUUAAUGUUGCACCUGGAAUAACAGAUGCUAUAAUUGUUGAUGAUACUCUUUGGAUUGCUGUACCUAGUAGCAAAAUUAUUCAAAUAUGUUGCAGGUAA